UCGCACGGUGAUCGGGGCAGGGUGAAGUCACGAUCCCGUCGGCCCCAAGACGCCGAGUCCGCUGAUCAGCCGCCGGGACUCCGACUUGGUGCUGACCUGCCGCUGACCUGCCGCUGACCUUCUGCUGACCUGCCGCUGACCUGCACCUGACCUGCCGCUGAACUGAAGACCGUGUCAUUGGCGGCAUCAUGUCGGAAAAGAAGGACUCUCUCAAGCUCGAUGAGCUGCAUGAUGGUGAGCAGGGUGGCGCGCCAGCCGCGGCGGCGCCCACCGGUCUGCGCGGCCUGCUGCGCUCCUCCGGCUACAGCCUGUACGUGCUGCUGCUGCUGCUUCUCACCUACCUGCUCAACCAGCUGGAUCGCUACAUGCUGGCCAUCGUGGCGCGGCCAUCGGCGCAGGAGAUCGAGUUUGGCGACAAGGGCUGCCUGCUCAAUGAGACGGUCAAGUCGACCUUGGAGGACGGCAACUGCACGGCCAUCACCACGGAGACGACCUGCACGAGCUUCGUUGACGCCGACGGCCACCACGGCUGUAAGUGGGACUACACGGGCACCGGAACCGAGUACAACCUGCUGGCCGGGCCCGUGUUCAUCCUGAUCUACACGUUCGCCGGCAUCCCCAUGGGUCUGGCCGCCGAUCUCUACAACAGAAAGCUGCUGCUGGCCGGAGCGCUCAUCCUCUGGUCUACCUGUACGUUCCUGACUGGCUUCGCUGAGGAGUACUGGGAGCUGGCCGUGCUUCGAUUCGGCAUCGGAUUCGGAGAGGCCGGAUGCACGCCGUUCGCCACCUCUCUGCUGGCCGACUACUUCAUCCCCGAGCUGCGAGGCACCGCGCUGGGCGUCUACAACUGGGGCAUCUACUUCGGCUACUCCAUGGCCUACGCCAUCGGCAACUUCAUCACGGACGCCAACAUCAUGGACAUGGGCUGGCGGUGGUCCUACUUCAUCUCUGGCGGGCCCGGUAUCCUUCUCGGCAUUCUGAUGAUCUUCACACUGAAGGAGCCACUGCGGGCCGGUGUGACUGACGAGAGCCGCGCCGCGGCGCGUCAGAAGACCUUCGUCCAGCGUCUGCCAGAGAUGAUGCGGCUCUUCUUCCGACCGUCCCUGUUCCUGCUCUGCUUUGCCGGCGCCAUCAGGAACGCCGCCGGGUACGUGUGGUCGUACAGCACGCAGACUUUCUUCGAGGGCAUCGGCCAGACGUCUACCCAGAUCGGUGCCUACAUGUCCUGGAUCCCGCUGGUCGCCGGCUCCAUCGGUGUGGUGUUUGGCGGUUUCAUCUCUGACCGGGUGGUCAGCCGGGUCGGCCCCCACGGCCGCGUCUGGGUCAUCAUCAUCAGCCAACUGCUGGCGGCGCCGUUCGUCUUCUGCGUGCUGUUCGUCGAGCCGCCCUGGGCCUACAUCAGCCUCAUCCCCGUCUACAUUAUCGGUGAGAUGUGGAUCCCGAUCACGCUGGCCGUUCUCGUGGAGCUGGUGCCGGCCGAGAUCCGCACGGCCGCCGUCGCCUUCUAUUUCUUCGUCAUCUCGAACGUCGGCGGCAACAUGCCGCUGCUGGUCGACCCCGUCAAGCAGGCCUUCAAGAACGCCGGCAACUCCGAGAUCGACGCCCUCCGAGACACGCUGUACCUGUUCUACCCUGGCGAGUACAUCCUGGGCGCGCUGCUCUACCUCCUGGCACUGUUCUCGCUGCGCCGUGACCUGAGGAUCGCCCAGGAAGAGUCCGCCCGCGCCGGCUCCAUCCAGAAGGAUGGCGAGUCCAACGAGGGAUACGAGCCGACCGCAGAGGAGACGUAAGCGACUGAAGGGGCCGCAGAGAGCGCUCACUGACCCGGGGGCGAGGGAGAACGGCGGGAGAUGUGAUGUACGUCAAUGUAUUAGCUUACAUGUGAAUUAGGCGAUUGUUAGGGAUGCGGCCCCCCGUUCUGUACCUGUGGUGAAGAUAGAAGACUCUGUGGUCAGAUUGAACCAAAGGUCUCAAACGCUAGGCGUGAAGCCUAGCCCGUGGAAUGCAACUGAACUAAAACAGUACACCGACCGACCAUGUCCGGCUUAUCGGUUCUUUGUUUUA